CGGUCGCGGGUUGCGGGUUGCGGGUUGCGGCACGUGGUAUAUACACAUACAUAUUACAUUACAUACCACACCACAUCCACACUAACCACGCGACGCAUACGUGCUCGGUGCUCGUUGAGCUCGGUCUCUUGUAAAUUCUACGAUACAAAUAUAAAUUUCGAAAAGAAGCUCUACAUGUUAGAAAAAUGGCAAAGCUCAAUUCGUACUAUACGCUGUGUCCACUCAUCGAUCAGCAGAGCUUGCUGGGCGUCGAAAAGGACAAGGAACCGGGCUGUGCGGUGGUGACUCUCGGCAGGAACAUAGUCAUACGAUACAAGCUUCAAGACUUGAAGCAGAUCAGCAGUUGGUCCAGCAAGGAAAGAUUGACGACGCAAGUUAUUUACGACAGGUCCAAGGAGCGUUACGUCGCUGUCUUUAACGAGAGAAAGAUACGGGUUUGGUCGGCAGAGGAGGCAGACUUGAACAACGUCAAGGGAUACAAAUUUCCAUCCCCGCUUCACGCUAUUCUGCCCUAUGGCGACUCGUCGCCCAUUCUUGUCCAGCGAAACGGAGCUACCGCUUCCCUCGAAUGGGCCAUCGACAAUAGAAGGACGUGGCGGAGCAAGGGUAUAAUUAAGGCUAAGGAGAACGUGUUGGACUGUCAGUUGAUACAUUUUAACGGCAAGACGAGUUUGUUCUGCUUGACGAGAGUAGAAGAGGUCUAUAACUGCCUAGUGGUUAGAUUGGAAGACGCGACCUGCUUGGAGAAAGCGGAUACCGUCAGGAGGAUAGAAUUGAAACGGAAGUCGGAGGAUCUCGCGGGACACGUGGUGAUACGCCACAAGAACGCGGCGUACCUGUUGACUUUAUGGUCACACGGCAGAUUGUACAGUCAUCAGUUGUCGACGGGAACGUGUGUGUCUUCCGAUUUCGAGUCCAACAGGUUAGUCAGCGUAAUUACCAACAUCAAUACCAAGUAUCCGGUUGUCAUGACGCAUCUGAACGAGACGACCGUAGCGAUUUACGGCGCUGACGUCACGGACGAAGGGGCGAUACUCAUGAUAUACAAUGUAAAAUUCAAAUCGGCGCAAGCGGUGCAAAAGCUGAAACUUUACACCAACGACGCCAAGCUUUGGAAGGUGGAGGACAAAUUGUUGCUCGCGGCAAACAGACAUUUGGCCGUCGCGCCCUACCAUCUCGCGCCGCAAAGAAUAGCCGCUAUGUUGGGCUCGUCUUUACGCUUCAAGAGCGACAACGCCGACGCGGCGGCGGCGGCGGCGGACGAUAUUGUCGUGAUACAGGAAGCGACGGUGGCUCAAUGGGACAAGACCCGAACAAAGUCUUGCGCGAGAAGCGUGUCGAUAGGUCGAAUACCUUUGAACGUCUCGCAAAAGAUACGCGCUUAUUUGAACGAGGGAUGGAGCGAUGCCGCGAUACAAGAGGCCCUGAUCCCGCUAUUGAUGCACGCUGGCGACGUCGCGUCCAUCUGUUGGUGCCUCGACACCUUUCAAGAUUUACCGGACAAGUUGCUGGUCGAUCUUUUGGCGUUUACCUUUACCUUGAAAAGUCCGGACAAAGUAUUCGUUCCUCUGCAAAACGGCACGACUGACGGCUCGACGGUUGACAGCGCGACGUUCAAACCCAAUCAUUCCUAUUCGAGGGAUACGUUUCUCGACAAGGUGUUUAGUAUCAGCUGUUCCAGUGUUUCCUUGUUACCUCAUCUGAAAACCGGUUUAACUUUCGACCAAGUACUUAAACUGUUGGAACAUUUAAUGUGUAAAUUGAACGAGGAAACGGACUCGCUUGCCGACGCCAACUCGCAGCCGAGCGACCAACAGUUGUACGAAUGGUCCUGUAUACUUCUCGACUCUCACUAUCAACAUUAUUUAUUGUCGCAAGAUACGCAUGUUUUGGACCUUUUCAAUCGGCUGGAUUCUACCCUGGAAGAACACUUUCAGUUUCUGCAAAACCUUGUCGACUUGAGGCCCAUCAUAGACAAGACCCACAAUGGAAAAUCAUUACGAUCGUCUUCAAGAAAACAGAAUAAAUUCUACUCUAUAGAAGAAAUAAAACUUUAUUAAACUAUCAAGUAAACGCGAGAGGAGCAUGCGCGUAUCAUUCAGCAUUGUUGAACAUACUUUAUAUACGUACACGUAUAUGUAUAUGUGCGCGCGCGUGUUUUCUAUUAAUUUUACGGAAGAUGAAUUGUCGAUAGACAAAAAAAAAAACGGGGGAAAAAAACGAUGUAAACGCCACUGAAAGAUAUUUAACACGGAUAUUGUAAUUUUUAGCA